CAGUACAGCCCUAGCUUCGAGCUCACCGCUAUUUCAUCCGCGUCUAGAUGUUCUUCCGAACCUAUCCAAGGUCAACCCUACGCUCUAAUGGUGGAAAACAUGUACAUGGUGCCAAAAAGUGAAGCCCAGAACCCCGAAGAAGCAAUUAUUGUGGCUAUAAAACAUUGGUGGAGUCAAAUAAGAGUGGUUGGCGGUAUCGAAGACCUAACAUUUACUGUAAGUGACGCAAACAGCCCUAUCUCCUGGUUCACCAGGAUGGCCUGGGCAACCACCCAACAAUUCGGAUGUGGAGUCUUUUCAUGUGAAAAUAACCAGUGGUCCGCUGUGUGUCACUACUCACCCGGAGGAAAUAGGUUCAAUGAACAGAUCUAUGAGAAAGGAACGCCGUGUUCUGCUUGCCCCACUGCCUACAACACCUGCAACACCGACAAGCUAUGUGCUCCUCCUGGUACAGCGACAUAA